AUAUUUCCCCUUCCCACUCUCUCAUUAUCCUUUUUAAAUAAAUCGCCGUAAACUUAAGUAAAUUUGCCAGAAAUUCACAAUGAUGUACGUGCUGUGAGGGCCCAAUUUGGUAUUUUUAUUCAACCUGUUCAAGCGGAUCGGGGUCGCCGAAAUGAAAAGAUUCUAAGGUCAGGAGAAUUAAGAGAAUUUGUGAGUGCCUUGUUUCGUAUUCAAAGCAAGACUUUCUCUCUUGAAUGCGUACCCCUCCCAUGACAAUAGAAGAGGGGAAGACUUGCCCCCCGUGUAGGGAAUCUGUUAUUGUUUGGACGCCAUUGCAUUGCAUGGGGUGUUUUCACCCAUGCAGUUACAUCAACCGUUGUAGUACAUCGUGCCAGGUGCCAGCGAUAGCUGAUUUCGCAACAACUUUCCACUUGAAGUUCUAGAGACGGCUUAUUUUAUAGUCAAAAUCUCCACAACAUGCCUGUCAACGGAAAAACCUGUUGCAGGGCCCUGCAGCGGGUCGUACCUCGGCUUAUCCUCAUCACCGCCUACAUCUUCUACCUCCUCUUCGGCGGCCUGGUCUUCUCCAUGAUCGAAGGUCCAAGGUACGACCAACUCGUAGCCGAGGAGGAGUACGACUUCGAGAUGGCCAAAGACCUGCUCAUCCAGGCUUACGGGAACGACACGAGCAGUAUCGACGGAGAUGCUGUCUUCGAGAGACUUAAGAGAUUGGUCUAUGCCGCGGAACACGGCGAUGGUGUGAUGAUAGGUCAGCAUAACAAGACAGUCGUGAUCGGAGAGGAGUGGAGCUUUGGGAACUCCAUGCUGUUUUGCAUGACCAGUAUCUCGACAAUUGGAUAUGGUCAUCUUGUCCCUCAUACAUUCAUUGGAGGCUUCAUCUGCGUCAUGUACACAAGCGUCGGGAUACCUCUGACAAUGCUUCUGCUCGCCGACCUCGGUCGCCUGUAUGCAGUAAUCAUCAUGAAAAUGUACUACAAGUGUCUGGCAAUGUGUUGCAGAUGCGGGAAGGACAAAGGACAGAAGAGCAGUCAGCGCGAUUCCCAAGACCCAGGAGCUGGUGGCAGCGGUGGGAUGGAUCCCGAUGGAGAAAAGGAGAACAACCGGGAGCUAGAUCUUACAGAGAUCGAAGUUACCCCUGAGGAAGAGGGCGCCCUGCAUAGUCCGAAUGGAGCUGAGAACCACCACGUAGACGAACCCCAGAUCCAGGUGAUCGGUCACAACCAUCAACAGGACAUCGAUGCUGACGACGCAUUGCUGGACGACGUCCCGAUUUUCCUGCCGCCAAUCGUGUUCUGGAGCUACAUCAUCCUCAGCGCUCCUAUGUUUGCCCUCAUCGAAGGUUGGUCUUUCCCUACGUCCAUUUAUUUCCUCUACAUCUCCAUCACCACCAUCGGUUUCGGGGAUGUUGUACCGGAAUGCUCCAUAGGGCUUGUCUUUGCUUGGAUGGGUCUGGUCACCACGGCGACAUGCGUCGUUCUUGCGUACCGCAAGAUCAUCAAAGUGGCCACAUGGGUGCUAGAAUUCCUGGAUUCACUAGUCAGAAGAGAACGUAUUCGGCAGAGGGAUGCACGCUAUUCUAGCAUGUCGAUUUAGAUACCUUGAUAGCGAGUUUUUGCUGACGACGCACAACGAAUUCAUAACAAAUAACAGCCAAGAAGCCCGUGUCGAAAAUUGGCGAAUCAAAACAGCAGUUUCGUCCUAAUUGCAAAUUAUGUCGCUGUCCAGAGUCCGGGACGAAACUGCUGUUCCGGUUCACCAGUUUUCCAGAAGACAUCCCGACUGCUCUUUGUCAUUAUUUUGACGGGUGUUUUCCUUACAUUUACAGUGUUCUUGAAUGCGUCGUGCGUCCCGGUGCGAAAACACCCUAUUGAAACAGUCACACGAAAACGAAACCGACUCCAAAACGACCGAUAGUAUGCCAUUGGUAAUAACGUCAUAGAAUUGAUCGGUCUGGAAUCGGUAUCGCUCGUGUGACUGUGGCAUACGUGGAGGUGCCGUGGCCGAGUGGUCUAAGGCGCCUGGCUAUACAUGAAAAUGUCCGGGGUUCGAUCCCCGGCCGCGGCAGCUAUGCCCGUGAGCAAGCUAGCAUUUAAUCUACAAUGCUCUUUUAUCCUGCUUUCAAAUACAUGAAAAUGCUAUAUGCAUUUUCGGUAACUAGGUGUGAACUUGUUUAAAAAAAAACAAGAGGCAGAUGUAAUGAUAAGGAUCCCAUUUCAUAAAGACUUUUUAUCACAAUUUCUAAUAAUGAAUUUACUUUCAGCCAAUCAGAUUGAAGGAUUUCAAUGCAUGGUUCUUAUAACUGUUAUUGCAAAAUUGUUAUAAUCUAAAAAGUUCUAUGAAACGGACCCAACGUUAAUUGACAAAAGUUAUAUUUGUCAUGUAGGCCUGUACAAUUAAAAAAAAAUAGUCGUAAUUGCGUAUGGGACAUCGAUAAGUUUUUAAGACACUGUAUUUUACUUAAUUGUAUUUUUUAGCAUUUUUAUCAAAAAAAGUUAUUGUAUAUUUUUUACAUGAUCAUAUACUUGGAAAGAAAAUAUGAUCAGAAAAGGAAGUGAAUAACUAUUUAUAGUGCAUUUAACGUAACUGUACAUACGUGUAUUUUGCUCUUCUGUAUAUAAUAUAAAAUGAACUUCAUUUUAUACUUUAAUGUAUAUAUUCACUAUCACUAUGUCUUUAACCUUGGAAGAUAUGCGGCGGCAUUGGAAAAGGAAACGUAUAAUUUUUGUUGAUGCUUUAAGCCUUCAUGAAUACCUAAUCAGCAAUACGCCUAUGUACAAAAUAUUAAUUGUUACUCCAAUAUAUAUAUAUUUUUGUGUAAGUCCAAUUAUAUUCUAACUGCAAUUAUGUAAUGCAAUAACUUUAACCGGUCUUGUUAUUAUAUGUAUUCAAUCAUAAUUAUGUAUCACUACCGAUUUACCGUUUUUAUAAACCAAUGUAUUUUGUCAAUGAAUGUAAAACGAUAUUUUUAAACUUAGUGCUUAGUAUUAUAGAAACAGAGCUAUUAGCUUCAUAACAGAUAGUCUUAGAAUUAUCUUAACGUACAAUUUUUGCAUGGUUAUUAGUUUCAGAGAAGAAGUUGCUUACUUCUAUUUCCACGUAGAUCAGAUGUAAAGGAUUGGACUGAAGGGUGCCAACAUAGGAUUUCAAAAUAUUUUUAGAAUUCGUUUGUGUUUUCGCUUCCUUCCAUAAAACUGCAGUUAAGAAAUGCUGCUCUUGGGUAAAUGUUGGAUAUUAAAAGAAACCGAGACGAAGUAGAUAGACUCUUAACACAAUUAGGCAAUUGAUAACUUCUGUUUCUAAUUAACUUUUCAAAUUGGUUUUACCAAAGUCGAAAGAUAUAUAUCACUUAUUCGUAAAAAAAAAAGACAAACUCACCGCUCAAAGAAAAAAUACACGAAGUUGAAAUGAAUGAAUCUGUGGGAAGAUUCAGACGAUAAGAAAUAAUUUCUCCUCAGUUUUUAGCAUAACUAUUUUUAUUCAACAUGAUGUGCUUUUGUAAAUUGAAUAUCAUUCACUAUCCUCAAGAUAUCGGAACCUCAUCAAAAUAAUUUCAUAAAGAGGCGAUGACUUAUGAUCAUAACUUGAACGGAUAAUUUUAAGUAGACCAUAGCACCAUCUGAGUUUGAAUAUUUGGGCUUCUAUAUGACAGGGUUUUCAUAUCAAAGCUGAUUUUAUGAAGUUUUUACUAUGUAUUAGUUUUGAUAGUGUUAUAAUGAUGUUGACUUUUUAAGCAAAAUUUCGUCUCGUACUGAUCAUGCUUGGGGAGAUAACCCCGGGAGAAAACACGACAUGGAUUUUACAA